UCUUGCUCCCGGCUUAUAAACAACUGUCCUGAGGAAAGAAAGGUUUUACAUAGCCAAAUACAGCCUGACAAAUGGCACUUCGGAACUGUGCUUUCUGAUGACAACGCGUUCGAUUUCUGACAAAGCCUCUCGCACGCUGCCCCUGGAGGGAAGUCCUAAGUAAAACUCAGACCCUCCUUAAAGUGAGGAGCGAGGGCUUGGACGGUGAACACGGCAGCAUGGCAUCCGCGGGGCACAUUAUCACCUUGCUCCUGUGGGGUUACUUACUGGAGCUUUGGACAGGAGGUCAUACAGCUGAUACUACCCACCCCCGGUUACGCCUGUCACAUAAAGAGCUCUUGAAUCUGAACAGAACAUCAAUAUUUCAGAGCCCUUUUGGAUUUCUUGAUCUCCAUACAAUGCUGCUGGAUGAAUAUCAAGAGCGGCUCUUCGUGGGAGGCAGGGACCUUGUAUAUUCCCUCAGCUUGGAGAGAAUCAGUGACGGCUAUAAAGAGAUACACUGGCCGAGUACAGCUCUAAAAAUGGAAGAAUGUAUAAUGAAGGGAAAAGAUGCGGGUGAAUGUGCAAAUUAUGUUCGGGUUUUGCAUCACUAUAACAGGACACACCUUCUGACCUGUGGUACUGGAGCUUUUGAUCCAGUUUGCGCCUUCAUCAGAGUUGGAUAUCAUUUGGAGGAUCCUCUGUUUCACCUGGAAUCACCCAGAUCUGAGAGAGGAAGGGGCAGAUGUCCUUUUGACCCCAGCUCCUCCUUCAUCUCCACUUUAAUUGGUAGUGAAUUGUUUGCUGGACUCUACAGUGACUACUGGAGCAGAGACGCUGCGAUCUUCCGCAGCAUGGGGCGACUGGCCCAUAUCCGCACUGAGCAUGACGAUGAGCGUCUGUUGAAAGAACCAAAAUUUGUAGCUUCAUACAUGAUUCCUGACAAUGAAGACAGAGAUGACAACAAAGUAUAUUUCUUUUUUACUGAGAAGGCACUGGAGGCAGAAAACAAUGCCCAUGCAAUUUACACCAGGGUCGGGCGGCUCUGUGGGAAUGAUGUAGGAGGGCAGAGAAUACUGGUGAAUAAGUGGAGCACUUUCCUAAAAGCGAGACUCGUUUGCUCAGUACCAGGAAUGAAUGGAAUUGACACAUAUUUUGAUGAAUUAGAGGACGUUUUUUUGCUACCUACCAGAGAUCAUAAGAAUCCGGUUAUAUUUGGACUCUUUAACACUACCAGUAAUAUUUUUCGCGGGCAUGCUAUAUGUGUCUAUCACAUGUCUAGCAUUCGGGCAGCCUUCAACGGACCAUAUGCACAUAAGGAAGGACCUGAAUACCACUGGUCAGUCUAUGAAGGAAAAGUCCCUUAUCCAAGGCCUGGUUCUUGUGCCAGCAAAGUAAACGGAGGGAGAUACGGAACCACCAAGGACUAUCCGGAUGAAGCCAUCCGAUUUGCAAGAAGUCACCCACUAAUGUACCAGGCCAUAAAACCUGCCCAUAAAAAACCAAUAUUGGUAAAAACAGAUGGAAAAUAUAACCUGAAACAAAUAGCAGUGGAUCGAGUGGAAGCUGAGGAUGGCCAAUAUGAUGUCUUGUUUAUUGGGACAGAUAAUGGAAUUGUGCUGAAAGUAAUCACAAUUUACAACCAAGAAAUGGAAUCAAUGGAAGAAGUAAUUCUAGAAGAACUCCAGAUAUUCAAGGAUCCAGUUCCUAUUAUUUCUAUGGAGAUUUCUUCAAAGCGGCAACAGCUGUAUAUUGGAUCUGCUUCUGCUGUGGCUCAAGUCAGAUUCCAUCACUGUGACAUGUAUGGAAGUGCUUGUGCUGACUGCUGCCUGGCUCGAGACCCUUACUGUGCCUGGGAUGGUAUAUCCUGCUCCCGGUAUUACCCAACAGGCACACAUGCAAAAAGGCGUUUCCGGAGACAAGAUGUUCGACAUGGAAAUGCAGCUCAGCAGUGCUUUGGACAACAGUUUGUUGGGGAUGCUUUGGAUAAGACUGAAGAGCAUCUGGCUUAUGGCAUAGAGAACAACAGUACUUUGCUGGAAUGUACCCCACGAUCUUUACAAGCAAAAGUUAUCUGGUUUGUACAGAAAGGACGUGAGACAAGAAAAGAGGAGGUGAAGACAGAUGACAGAGUGGUUAAGAUGGACCUUGGUUUACUCUUCCUAAGGUUACGCAAAUCAGAUGCUGGGACCUAUUUUUGCCAGACAGUAGAGCAUAGCUUUGUCCAUACUGUCCGUAAAAUCACCUUGGAGGUAGUGGAAGAGGAGAAAGUCGAAGAUAUGUUUAACAAGGACGAUGAGGAGGACAGGCAUCACAGGAUGCCUUGUCCUGCUCAGAGUAGCAUCUCGCAGGGAGCAAAACCAUGGUACAAGGAAUUUUUGCAGCUGAUCGGUUAUAGCAACUUCCAGAGAGUGGAAGAAUACUGCGAGAAAGUAUGGUGCACAGAUAGGAAGAGGAAAAAGCUUAAAAUGUCACCCUCCAAGUGGAAGUAUGCCAACCCUCAGGAAAAGAAGCUCCGUUCCAAACCUGAGCAUUACCGCCUGCCCAGGCACACGCUGGACUCCUGAUGGGGUGAGACUAUCUACUGUCUUUUGAAGAAUUUAUAUUUGGAACGUAAAAAAGUAAAAAAAUAAAUAAAUCAUCCAACUUCUUUGCAUUACUUAAAAGAGAUUUCUGUAAUACAGGAAUGACUAUGAAGGUGUUAUAAUAAAUUAUUCUACAUACUCAUUUGACUGGAUAAACUUCACAUAAAAUUAACUAAUUUUUUAAAUAAAUGAAUUGCUUAAUGGUUUCUCAUUAUGUUUAUCAAAAAACAACUAUAGCUGUCAUUUUCAGUACUUGGCUGCUUUUCUGUGAAAAUUAUUAUUUUACUUUUGGAAGACUCAAGAUUAUUAGAAUAUUGAAGAAAAAUUAGAGACUUUUAUAAUCGUGAUAAAUAUAAAACUAAAUAUGUUUUAAUAUUUCUGAAUUUUUCUUUUCCAUCACAAUGUAAGAUAUGCAGAAUACAAGAUACUUUGGCAUUCUCAUGUGAACUUUCUGUACUCUUUAAGGAUUAUUUUAUUAGUGUUGUUUAAGCCAUGAGUAUUAAGUAGCAGGUGUGUUGUGAGUGCUGUAACCAAUGAAAGGAAAAAUGUGGUCUUUCUGAGGCUUGCGCCCUUCAUAAAAUAUUCAUUAAAGUACAUUCACACUAUUUUUGCUUUAUAACACAGUCUUUAAUUUUCACUCACUGUGGAAAGAAGAACUAAGGUAACUUCUCAGAAAGAUAUCAAAUCUCAGAAAGAGUGUCAAAUCAGAUGACCUUAUAGUUAGAAUUCUAACUACUGUAAAAGAUUUUUGCUGCCCUCUUGUGGUAAAAAAAAUUAUAUUCUCACACAUUUCUUUUUUCUCUACAGAUGGAUAUCUGUUUAGGAAAGAUUUGAAAGCAGAUUUUCAGUAGAUACAUGGAUACAUCAAGUUCAUUUGCAGAAAAAAUAACUGAAAUAAAAAACAUGUUAAUCCUUAUAUCAUACUUUAAUAUGAAAGUAUUGCUUAUAGAUAAUUUAUUAUCUCACAAGUCAAAAAUGAAGAUUUUGCAGCACUGAAGAUCUAUUAAAGCUCCAAAUUUUAAGUUUCUAAAUAAUCUUCGCUGAAAUCUAAAAUAUACUAUAACAACCAUGUUUUGGCCGGGCGCGGUGGCUGACGCCUGUAAUCCCAGCACUUUGGGAGGCCGAGGUGGGUGGAUCACGAGGUCAGGAGAUCGAGACCAUCCUGGCUAACACGGUGAAACCCUGUCUCUACUAAAUAUACAAAAAAUUAGCCGGGCGUAGUGGCGGGCGCCUGUAUUCCCAGCUACUCGGGAGGCUGAGGCAGGAGAAUGGCGUGAACCCAGCGGGCGGAGCUUGCAGUGAGCCGAGAUCGCGCCACUGCACUCCAGCCUGGGCGACAGGGCAAGACUCCGUCUCAAAAAAAAAAAAAAAAAAAAAAAAAAAAAAAAAAAAAAAACAUGUUUUAUUUGUGAAAAAAGUAUUAAAGUGAUUUGCUCUCAAAUAUCAAAUUUUCUUCUCUUUUAUAUUAAGAGACAGGAAAUUGUUUCAUGAGUUCACUUACCUGCUGAGAUAUUCAGAGCAUUUUUACCUCUCUCUUAAAUAUUAUAAAAAACAAUUGUAUUUUUAAGAAUGUUUAUUUGUCGAAGUCUUUCCUUCUUCUAUUAAAUAUUUACCAAUUACCUUUCUAAAAUAUGAAAUUUUGUAAGAUGUUUUCACCUAAAUAAAAAUUGAAAGCAAGUGGAUUACACAGGAGAACCAUUAUGAACAUUUAUUUACAUAUUAAUCUUAGUGUUUAUUUCAGUUUUCAAAGUUAGCUUAUAGGUUAUACAUUUAAGUUAAAGUGCUGAUAACUCAUAAUCACUUGCAAUUUCAUUGUAAAAUUAACAAAUCCAUAAAUAUUUUAAGAAAAAUUUAAGUUUAUUCAGAUAAGUCACCAUGCUUAUGGUGACUAUAAAGAUCUAAGAAAUGCAAAUAUACUGAAAUUGACAUCCUCUGAAAAUUCCACUUGCUAUUUACCGAAGAAUCCACUGGAGGUCGUUACUGCCAUUAAAUAAUAACUGAAAAGACUGUAGUGAAAUGUAUUUUUAAAAACUAUAUUCAGUAAAAGCCUGCUCAAUUUGGAGAAACAGAACCACAAACACAGAUCACAGGGGCCUUACAAAGUUUAUGUCUGAACAAAUAAGUCAAUUAAGUACACUUUAUUGAAAAUUGCCUUCCAUUAACACACAAGAAAGAAAGCAGAAUUUUCUUCUGUAUCUGAAUUUUAAAUUUAAAAAGGCAGAUAAGACAUAAAUAGUUAUCAUUUUAAUGGCAAUAACACAGACAAGUAGUUAAUAAUGAUGAUAACAGUGGUGUAACUUGUAAACUAAAUAUUUGGUAACUGAAGCAAUAGGCAGAGGAAAAUAGCUUGUCUAUGACGCAAGUCAUAAGAAGUCCAUAUACUGAAGAGGGUUUGAUGAAAUAAAGUGACUAUUAACCAGAAAAGAAACAUUUUACAUAAAAUGCUAAAAUUUGUUAUAGGAAAAUAAAUCAAACCCAAAGAAAGUUUAUUCAAUGCUAAUUUGAAAGAAAACUGAUAAGAAAACUUUGAGGGCCCAGGUCCACAAUUUGGAGAGACCACUACAUUUUACAUAUAAUUAUACAAACACGUAUGUACAUAUAUAUAUGUAUAUAAUCUUGCUUCCUGCCUGUUUAUGGCAGUACUGAAGAGAACUGGGAAAGAAGAGGGAGGGAGAGAGAAAGACGAAGAGAGAGAGAAAGCAGUUUCCAAGGAUAUGUUUCAUGUCCCAUCAUUUUCUCAGUUUCUCCCUCUCUCUCCCAACACACACACACACACACACACACACACACACCUCAUAUACUAUAAAAUAAAUCUUCACUGCCCUAUCAAAAUACAAAUAAAUCAAUCUAUGCUGUCCUGUCCUUCUUGAGAAUCUAAAACAUACCACAAAAAUAUAUACCCAGUUUUUUGUUCUGUCUGAGGUUAGAAUUAAUUCAAAUUCAGAACCUCCUUUGAGAAAUGCCCAGGCUUUAAAAAUUAAAAAUGGAUGGAUCUUCUCUGAACUCAGGGAGGGCACAUACUUAGACACCUACAAGACUUGGAGGAAUUAAGAGUUCGCCCUUCAUCUCACCAAAUUUUCCCCAUUUUUCUCUUUCUUGCAGAAGGAGAGAAACCAUGCUCUCUAGCAACAUUGAGCAAAAAUCAUAACCACUCAUCCUAAUUUCUAAGGGGCACCUCCAUCUAGGGCCAGUCUCCUGCUUCUUUAAACCUCUUCUAUCUUUGUUACAGGAGAGGACCUGUGAAUAGACUGAGUUUUGACAUAAAACAAUGCCCAUUCACCUCCUCCUUCAGCACAACGUCACCCAUUGGGCAAGAGAUCCAGAUUUGUUAACAAGAAGGAUUUUGCUUCGUGAUUCCACAUCUAUAAUUCUAUAUUGCUAUGUUUUUUCUUUUGUGUGAAUUACUGAAUAUUUCGGUGCAAAGUUAUCAACUUGGAGAAACAGGGAUUAAAAAUAAGGAUAAACACUAAUAAGAGCUCUAGAAAAAAGGGAACAGAAAGUCUUUGCCUGUUUAGUAAGUGGCAAUUCCAUAUAUAUUUUAGAGAUUUUUUCUAUCUAAAACUAGUUAAAUACUUAGAAUGUUUGUAAUGAGUGUUCAAUAUUUGCUAUAGGUUUUAGGGUUUUGUAAAUCUUCGUAGUAAUUAUGAACAUUUGUAAAAUUUGUAAAAUACAAUAAAUCAUUUUGAGUGUUGGUGUUAAGCAUGAAACAAACACAGCAGCUGUUGUCCUUAAAAAUGAAUUUACCUGUGACACCUGAAGCCUAAUAAAUAUAUUAAGAAAAGUACUUAGUAUUGUAUAGAUAUUUGGAUUCCAGGAGAAAAUGCGACAUUUAUAAUAAGAAGUCCAUACUCUUUUUCUUACAGCAGAACAUCACACUGAGUUCCAUUUUGAAAAAGGACUCAUUUUUCAGGCCAACAACUGUUGCAUUUGAAUCAGAUAUAAAUAAUAGAUUUUCCACAAACACUCAGCUGAUUGUAGCAGUGUUAUUUAAGCUGGUAUUUUUUUUUUCUUGGAAGGAUAGCUUUAUAUUUUGGCUUUCAUUAUAAAUUGAUUGUGUUCUGCUUGUGUUUAAAUGGCUUACUUAUAAGCUACAGCACUAUAUGGGAGUGCUCUUCUCUGUAUGGUAUCCUUUUAUCUGCUUGUCUAGGUUCAUAACAGUGUGUGCCAUAUUCUUUCUUUUCACUGAUUCUAAGCCAUGAGACUUAUUAUCAUCUGGUGGCAAGCUGCAGGGACCAUUAACAGUGUGUCUCUUUGACUAUAAUGUGGAUCUGCCACUAUGCACUACGUAAUUUGUCUGUACCAUUAUGUACAAUCUCUAUUUGGCUCUACUUUGAUGAAAAAGAAAUAAAUAUUUGCUAAACUCUCAA